ACAUUUCGUAACACUCUUAAUAUAUUUCCCUGAAGAAUUUGAAGGUUUUUGCAUGCUAAUAAUAAUUUGUAACAAUUGCUCGAAUUCUUUCGUACAAACAAAAGCACGAAUACCGAAACAAUAACAAAUAAAAAAACAUAUCUUCAUUUUAUGAAUUUUAGUAACGCCAAGUAUAUGUAUGUAAAGAAUCCAUGACGCACAUCACUAAGUUCAUUUAAAAAUCGAAUUUCUGAUUUUGCCAGCAUUAGGUUUCCUAUCUUUACAAUGACUUCAUGUAACGUUUGCGAUUGUAAUGCACCUUAUAUAGGUCCAUCUCUAUCAAAUACUUGCAAUAAUGGAUCUUUUAUUCUGUUUAUGGCAAUAUUAAAUAAUUACUUAGCGAAAACUUGCCCGAUUUCUGAUUUAUGCGGCCGAAUAAAACCUCGGAUAAAACCCGAUAAAGAAUACGAUUGUAUUGUAAUUGGAGGUGGAUCAAGCGGAGCAACCGUAGCUGGAAGAUUGGCAGAAAUAAAAAAUUGGAAAGUACUUCUUUUAGAAGCGGGUGGAGACGAACCUCCGGGCUCCCAAACACCAUCUUUUUGUUACAACUUUAAUGGUGGCCCCGAUUUAGAUUGGCGAUUUGAAACCGAACCAUCACCCAAUGCCUGUAUUGGUAAUCCUGGAGGAAGAUGCGCUUGGCCAAGAGGAAAAGUUUUAGGAGGUACUAGUGUCGUUAAUGGAAUGAUGUACAUGCGGGGUGUACAAAAAGAUUAUGACGAUUGGGAGAAAAUGGGGAACAAAGAGUGGGGUUGGAAAGACGUUUUUCCUAUUUUUCUUAGAUCCGAAAAUAAUCUGCAAAUCGGUGAUAAGUAUAAAAAGAAGUAUCAUGGUAAAGGUGGUCCAAUGGAUGUUAGACAAUUCAAUGACAGGCCGGAACUUGCUGAUGAUAUUAUUAAAGCUGCCAAAGAAGCUGGAUAUCCAGUUCGAGAUGAUUUAAAUGGUGAUAAUCAUACGGGAUUCACUAUAGCUCAAGCAACUAAUGGGUAAGAUUAUUUCUUAAUUUUAACAGUUUG